AUGCCUAAUGUUGCUGAUUUUUGCCUGGGCCGUACUGGUAUUGUUCUUCGCGUACUCACCGUAUACUCAACUUCGCUGAAGUCGGAGAGACAUGUACAAUCCAAACUUUGUAAGUCGCUUCCUGAGGAAGAAGUUUUCAAACUAAGAACUACCAUUGAUGCUUUUAAUGUUUUACGACAUGUUGGUACUCAAAAGCAAAGAGCUGUAUCAUAUACAGACAAAAGAGGUCAUUUGCUAGGAGAAGAAGUGAAAUUCAAAUAUAAUGAAAACUCCACAGAACUUGGAACUCUAAUGAUCUCUGGGUAUCUCAAGAACGUACCAUUAUCAGUUAAUGGUUUAGUUCAUAUACCUAAAUUGGGAGAUUUUCAAAUCUCUCAAAUUGAUGCACCUGGUGAUCCAUAUCCAGUGGAGAAAAAGUUGAAGAAAGAUUGUAAUGCAAUGGACGAUGAACCAUCUACGCGGGUUCUUGCACGCGCAGAUCCAGGGAAACAAGAAUCUCUCGAAAGUGAAAAUAUACUUGACCCUAUGGAUGCUGAACAAACUUGGCCUACAGAAGAGGAAUUAGCCGAAGCCAAAGCACAAAGGAAAAAAAUUGUAAAGAGAGUUCCAAAAGGAACUUCUGAAUAUCAAGCAGCUUGGAUUCCUGAUGAGGAUGGAGAGGAAUUGAGUGAGUGCUCGAGCGAUGAAUCAGAAGACGAGAUGUCUGUUGAUGAAGCACAAUCUGAAACGGAUAGUGGACCAGACGCAGAAGACGAGGAAGAAUACGAGACAAUUACUGUGUCCGAAGUUCCUGAUGAACGAUACGAUGAGAAUAUCGAUAUGACAGAAGAAAAAGAAGCAAUGGAAAACUUGAAGAGUAUGUUUAUCGAAUAUACGUAUAUUACAUUAUUUAAUAUGUAUUAUUGA